AUCGUUUAAGAAUUCUGGCACAGCGUAGGUCGCAUACAUCCGUUGAACAAAAUUACUCGUAGGCUCCUAGCUCGCUGUUCUUCAAAACUUCACAACCAUUCAUUACUUCAUCCAAUGCGAUGUCCUUCUGCUGCAAAGCUGCGAGUUUAACACCGCCAAUCACAAGCAGCAGAGAUGAAAUUUACAUAGCGGCGGUGCCACUGAGGGCGACGACAAGGCCUGCCCAGUUGUUUACUUCGACUGCUUACUCUCUCAAUUUGUGGGAUUUCCAGCAUUAUAUGGUCAUCAUCAAACCCUUUAAGUCUCCUCACUCUCAGGAUUUAGUUUUCGAUUUUCAACCUCAGGAUCCUGAAAAUAUAUUAGUUGCUGUUGCAGCAUUAUCCGGUAGAAAAGUACCUGGAGUUGUUCUCACGAGGAAGCUACAGAAAUUGCCAAAGAGAAAAUGCUGGUUUGUUGGAUAUUCUGAUUUAAAUGCUGUAGAUGCAGCAAGCAAAUUCAAUGAAAGAUGGGAAACUGAUCUUCGAAUUGGUCUUCACGAUUGUAGAAAUUAUGCCAAUGGGCUGGUCGAGUUUUUAACAGGCAAGAAAGCUGUGCUUGAGCAUCUGAGAGAAAGCAGUUAUGGGAAGACUUGAGAUCCAGCAUCUUGUAUCAAAAAUAAAGGCGUUGACGGCUGACCAGAUAAAGCCUUCUCACACAAAGAUAGUGGGCUGCCACCACAAUAUAAGAAUCAUCCAAUUCGCAACCUGCACCUAUGAAAUGCCAUUUUAGCAUCGAGUUUGAUAAGGCGUUACUGCAUGGAUUGAGGGCCAAUAUUGCGUAUUUUUCUAUCACAAGUGUACUAUAUUGUGACAAGUAAUAAAGCGGACCUAUGAGUCUGGAUGAUCGUCCUACAAAGACUAUUAUUUAAUUACUAAUUUAUUA